UUGUAGGAUUAAUUGUGUUUCGAAUCUUGUUGCGAACAGUAGUGGUCUGAUGUGCUCUAAAGAAUCGUCUUCGACAGUGUCAAAGUGUGAAAACAAUCGGCUAGAGCAAUGAAAUUUUUACUAGCGCUGGUUGCGUUCCAGCUGCUGGCGACUUCGUCCGGGAUGAACGUCUACAGCGCUGGAGAAGUGGAAUACAUAGCAAACUUGGACCUUCAAUUGUCGGAAGCGUAUGCUGCUCCGAAGAAGCAACUUUCACCGGUGAUUCUGAUUCCAGGAGCUGGUGGUAGUCGGCUGGAUGCACUGCUGGACAAGCCCAAGGUGGUCAACUUGCUCUGUGAGCGUAAAACUGAUCGAUUCUCCAACAUCUGGUUCAACAAAAUGCAGAUGAUGCCGUGGGCCAUCGACUGCUGGGCGGACAACCUGCGACUCGAGUACGACCGGACCGCGCGGAAGACGGUCAAUUCACCCGGUGUCACUAUCAGCGUUCCCGGAUGGGGAUUUGCCGAGACAGUUGAGUGGAACGAUCCGGCGCACUCGCUAUUCACCGGAUACUUUGUGAACGUGGUGAAUGCCCUGGUCCAGCUCGGCUACCGACGAGAGGUUUCGAUUCGGGGAGCGCCGUACGACUUCAGGAAGGCACCUUUUGAGGACGAACUCUUCCCCAUCAAACUGAAGCAUCUCGUUGAAGAAACGUAUGAGACGAAUAAAAACACCCCGAUCACCUUCAUCGUGCAUAGCCUCGGAGGACCGAAGAUCCUACACUUUUUGCAACGGCAAACUCAAGAGUGGAAGGACCAAUAUGUCCGGCGUGUUAUUUCCCUGUCCGCUGCAUGGGGUGGUGACGCGAGCUCGCUGAAGACCUUAACCGUCGGCGAAGAUGCUGGAAUUUUCAUCAUCAAGAGCAAAGCCAUGAAGACCAUGUUCGGAUCGGCCUCUUCGAUGGCUCGUCUGAUGCCCAGUCCCCUGUUCUGGAAGGAAGACGAAGUGCUGGCCAAAACCAACAAGCGCUCGUUCACCGUGAACGAUUACGAGGCGUUCUACGAAACUAUCGGCUUCCCGGACGGCUGGGAAAUGUACAAGGACGCCCUGCCCUACAUCCAGAAUUUCACCGCGCCGGGAGUUGAGGUAUAUUGCUACUACGGAUCGGACGUGAAAACCCUCGAAAAGCUCGACUUUGGCUGGUCGCAUGACAUGUCCGGUACACCAAAGAUCGAGUACGGUGCCGGUGAUGGGUUGAUCAACGAGCGUUCGCUAGAAGCAUGCAAAGUCUGGAGCGAUGAGCAGAAACAACCGAUCCAUGCCAAGGCGUACCCACGUGUCAACCACAUGACCAUUCUAUCGAACCGGAACGUGUUGCGCGACGUGGCCCAGCUGGCGGCUUCUGGGUGAAAUGUGGGUGCGAUAGGCACAUGGUAACAUUUUUUAAAAUUUUUUUAAGACCAUGUUUAAAUGUGACUUUUUGAAGAAAUUUAUUUAUGUUAGUGCUGUAAAAUGAUUGAUAUCGUAAAUUGUGCAUACCCAUAAACAAAAAAUAUUGAAUAAAGAAAGACAGUUAUUAAAACAAAA